CAACCAUAAAACACUCGUAGAUGGUGAGCACUAUUCCCAGCGGCCACGGAUCGUUGCGACUCAUCAUGGUCGCUUCAGCACUCUACAUCCCUCCGGAUAAACGCGCUCUCUCAGCUGGCAUUGCGUCAGAUUUGUAUGCUCGGGAAGUGCUGGGAUGCCUUGCGAAUGGCGGCACCUUGCAUCUCAAUACUAAAGCUAAAGACGAGAGUGUAAUGUUGCCCUUGUAAUAAUUAUCCUUCCCUCGCCAGCACAAGGCACACAUCGA